UAAACCCGACCCGUCCACUCACAACUACCAGCUCACCCACGUCCCUUGAUUUAAGCUUCUCUAUCUAACAAACUAAAACUAAAACAACAAAGUUGCCAUGACUUGAAAGCAACUGAAUAUGACACUACUAGCUUAAACGGCAGAACUAAUUAACCACAGGUUAAAACCCAAAACGACCGACCCUCACUAGAACUCACAUGAUCACUCACGUAAUUACUUAUUCAACAGUGUCCAACGUCUCUGGUGUGGCGGCCAAUGUAAGGUUUGUCAUUCCCUUCCUCAGCGAUGCGGGCGUCAAGUCGGCCAUAAUGACCACAGUGGUGUCCACCAACAACUUGGAGACGCCCAUCGCGCCGGACCAAGGCGACUCGACCACCCCCUACGACGUCGGUGCUGUCAUCCUCCAGCCAACAAGAGCCCUAAGACCAGGUCUCAUCUACGAGACCACGGGCGAGGAGUUCCUCCACUUCUUGUGCUGCCACAGAUACAACACAACCACCGUCAAGUCCAUCUCGAGGACAGCCGCACGAAGCUUCCGAUGCCCGGCCGGGGGUGCCAACCAUGACCAUAUCUCUUCCCUCAACUACCACUCCAUCUCGGUGAGGCUAAGUCAGAUGAGGGGAGGAGGACCAUCCCCCGGCGCGUGACCAACGUGGCCACGUGGCCGCUACAACUGGAAAUGAACCGCCAUCUGGGUGUACCAAGGGUAUGUUGUGCUGGACGACGAAGGCGGCAGUGUGGUGUCGAGGUUGUUCUGAGGGUUCUCAAGUUUGUCUAACAAGGGGAGACCAAGGGAUUUCAAGUCAUCUUCCAGAGAAACAGGAAUGUUGGGGAGAGGAAGACCAUGACCGGGUGGGUGAAGUUGACCAACCGUCACUUCAUGGUUCGGUCGGUCUUUGUGGCAGAGGUGGUCUGAAGAAGAAAAUGCAUGGUCGGGCAAGAAGAAGGGAGCAGAACAAGUGCAGUUAACGUCUCCAGUGUGGCGGCUAUCGUAAGGUCUAUCGUUCGCGGCCGUCGAGUCGUCCAUAAUGACCCACACGUGAUGGAUGAUUUUGGUAUCAUGUUUUUUCGUAUAUAUUAAUUUUAUUAUCAUUCAUCAAUGAUCACGACAUUAUCCACCUUUACGUACUUUAUAAAAUUUAACUAAUUUA